AUGGAUCCGAAACUCGCGCUCGUCCAUGGCUCCAAAGAGCCAGUCCUGUGGGCUGAAACGCUGGGAAACUUCAUCGACAAGCAAGCUGCUCAGUAUGAGGAUAGACCGGCUGUUAUUUUUCCCUGGCAAUCUGUUCGACUCUCAUAUCGUCAAUUGGCAGGCCGGAGUAAUAUUCUUGCAAAGUCAAUGUUGGAGAUGGGUCUAUGCAAAGGUGAUUGUAUAGGAAUUAUGGCAGGAAACUGUUAUCAAUAUAUUGAGGUUUUCUUGGGUGGUGGGCGUAUUGGAUGUCCUGUUGUGGUUCUGAACAAUACCUAUACCCCCGAAGAAUUGAUGAACGCCGUACAAAAGAGCUCUUGCAAAUUGGUCUUCAUUGCCUGUGGUAUCGGCUCGCGAAUUCUAUCAGCCCAUAUCAAAGCCCUUCGCGGUGAUCAGUUGACGAACCCUGCUCUCCCAGAGCUGCGCCGCCUUGUCAGCCUCGGGCAUAUGGGCAUAGGUAGCCCUGGAGUUGAAAUGCAAUCUUACAGCACCUUUACCUCUGGCGUUCAAUCCGUCUUCAUGAAAGACUCAAUGCUUCUCCGUGCAGAGAAAUCAGUGAACCCCGAAGAUGUCCUCAACCUGCAAUUUACCUCCGGAACCACUGGGUCCCCCAAAGCCGCAAUGUUAACACACAAUAACCUCCUCAACAACGCCCGCUUCGUUGGCGACGCAAUGCAACUUACCCCAUCAGACAUAAUAUGCUGCCCUCCACCCCUAUUCCACUGCUUUGGUCUAGUCCUGGGCUUCCUCUCAUCCUUCACACACGGCAGUUCAAUAAUAUUCCCCUCGGAUAACUUCGACGUACACAAAGUUGUUUCCACAAUAAUUGCCGAACACGCAACCGUCCUCCUCGGCGUUCCGACCAUGUAUGUCUCGGAGCUAGAAGUCCUCUCGAAAAGCGACCAACGACCGCAACAUCUCAGAACGGGUCUUGCCUCCGGAUCAGCUGUUUCUCAAGGUCUUAUGAAUGAGCUCAGGGAGAAAAUGGGCGUGCAGAAGAUGUUGAUUGCGUAUGGGAUGACGGAAACUAGCCCGGUCACGUUUAUUACUUCUAUUGAGGAUGGGGACGAGAAGGGGACGAGCACUGUCGGCAGGGUUAUGCCACAUACAGGUGCGAAGGUUAUUGGGAAGGAUGGAGUGAUUCUUGGGAGAGGGGAGAGGGGCGAGUUGUGUACUAGUGGAUUUGCGUUGCAGAAGGGGUAUUGGAGGAACGAGGAGAAGACGAGGGAGGUUAUGAGGAUGGAUGGGGAUGGGAUUCUGUGGAUGCAUACCGGGGAUGAGGCUUUGAUUGAUGAGGAUGGGUAUGCUCAUAUUACGGGCAGGAUUAAGGAUCUGAUUAUCCGGGGCGGAGAAAAUAUCUUUCCGAGGGAGAUUGAAGAACGACUUAUGCUACAUCCUUCUAUCAGCGAAGCCAGUGUGGUUGGAAUCAAAGAUGAAAGAUACGGGGAGGUUGUUGGAUGCUUUUUGAAGAAGGCAGAUGGGUCUUCCAGGAUUCCCGAGGCCGAGGUGAAACAGUGGGUAAGCGAGAAGCUUGGGCGGCACAAGACACCGGAGCAUACAUUCUGGAUUGGAGAUCAGAAGGUAGGAAGUGACUUCCCGAAGACUGGGAGCGGAAAGCAUCAGAAGCACCUCAUGCGGGACCUUGGGAAUCGGCUAGUUCAGCGCGAUGUAGUGAGGGCAAAGCUAUAG